AUGGUUCAGACCCGCAUCGAGGAAGCCGACGCAUACUAUGAGCGCCUCGCGGCCCUUGGGCCUUUCCCGCCGGAUGUUGCCCUCGCGCAGGCGCGGUUUGGCUCUUGCCAGCGAUUCGCCACUACCUUGCAGAAUCUUGCCAAACCACCGACCGCACAUCAGCUCGCAAAAUCGGCAGUGUGCGCUGCUGUCCGGGGAGAUGUCGACUUGCUCGAGUAUCUGUGCGCAAACUUCUUGGUACAGCUGAACUGGGCGUUCGGCGAUCACACCACUGCAUCUGUCGCUGCCUUCGGUGGACAUAUCAAUGUGCUGGAGUUUCUCCACAACCGCGGUGUUAACAUUGUAUCUCCAACGCUACGGCCAUUGCCAAUUCUCACGGCUGUCAACUGUGGUCGCCAAGAGGCGGUGCAGUACCUGCUAGAAAGGGGGGCGCCCACCCGCCACAAUGGGUUGCUUCUCGCUGCCAGCGCCAUAUCUCGAGGAUUCUUGGAUAUCCUCCGUCUGAUUUCCGAAGUCAGGACCCUUCCGAACGCCGACCUCGCCGGGAGACUGCUCAUCGGAUACGCUGUAGAGUCCGAGGUUGCUGAAAGGAGGAAAGCGACCAUCGAGUUCCUCGUCACGGAAGCUAAGCUUGACAUCAACGCUCUCGGCGUGGGUGGCACAGCACUUCACAUUGCAGUCAAGUCUGGCAACAGAGACAUUGUCGAAUGUCUUUUGACACUCGGUGCAGACCCGCUCGCCAAAGAUCUUCUUGGACAGACUGUCUUUGAGCACGCUGUUUCCCACAAUCGAUCGAUUGCCGAAUGGUUGGCCAAGGAAUACGGAGCAUCCAUCUCCAAGUUCGCGGCGCCGAAGGCUCGACUAGUCGCAGAGGUCAUGCACUCGUGGACGCAAAACUGGAUCUACCGACUGGCCGAUUGGGUUCAGGACAGAGUCCUGGUCUCGGCACAGGAUACUAAAAUCCAAGCUGUCAGGCGUGCAUGGAGCGCGCACGGCAUGAACGAGAAGCUCUCUAGUAUAUGGUUGCGCAAUCAAUCGCUUACAGCAUUACAAUGGUAUGUGGGCGAGUUCCGAGGCAGGGACGUGGAGAAGUGUUACCUGGAUGCCGCCGCAAUCUCUUUCAGUCUAAAUCGGGUGAUCGAUACAAGACAGGGUUUGGUAACGAGGGAGCACAGCAAGCCAAUCAAAGACGACGAGCUAUUGCAGGCGGCCCUCACGAUCGCAACUGUGUACCACCCUUUCGAAUCGAUCAUGCGCCGGGCGCUUGUGUCAGAGCUGCAUCACAGAGUGCCCUCUGCGCGCAUCCGUACACUCGGCCAAGUUCUUGCUGGUCCCGAGGCCCAAAUGUUCCUGACGGGCCAUGCGGCAAUCGUCCGGCAGGAGGCCGAAGAUGCUCCUCAGCGUCUGAAGUAA